GUCCAACACCCCACAGCCGAAGAGGCCAGAGAGUUCCAGAGUUCAGCACGCACCUGUACGAUUGUUCAGCGCGAAGAAUCCGGCGAGCCAUCGCUCCUAGACUUUUGUUAGUUAGAAGUCCAACAGGUGAUCAAGGAAGAUGAAGCCAUCAACGGUCAACAAUGCAGCAUCCAUCUUUGUUUUGUUGGUAAUUGGAAUAGUUCUGUUGCAAGUGACGACGACGUACGCAGCUCCACACCCGGCCAGGUAUUAUCCUGGUUACUACUCUCCAAUGCAAAUGGAAGGCGCCAAUUCAGAAUACCUACUCCAAACCAUAGCCAGACUGCGACAAGCCCUUAACGCCGACGAUUUGGAAAAUUCGAAGAGAGGCCUGGACCUGGGACUCGGACGCGGCUUUUCCGGAUCGCAGGCGGCCAAACACCUGAUGGGCCUGGCCGCGGCCAACUUCGCCGGCGGCCCCGGCAGGAAACGUCGCAGCGACGACGAAGAGUAGAUUUCGCCGUUCUCCACCGCCGUAACACUCCCAUGUACCACCCCCCCAAUUACCUCCAAAAAUCCCCCCUCUAUCUCUAAAUCUCUCAGUAGCAACUAAAAAAGUAGACUCAAAUUUAGGACUACUUGUAUUGUGACGAUGUAAUACUCUCUGUUUGUUCAUUCAUGUUUGAAUCGAAUAAAGCACAUGUCUAGAAGCACCUAAGUUUGAUUGUGUAAUUUAAUUAUUAGUUAUUUAAGGAAAUCUAUUGUACAGCAAACUAAUUAAUUUAAAUAAAGUUUCCAAAUACUA